GUCAGGGACGGACUGACCAUUCCAGCACUUUGGCACUGCCCGAGGGCCCGGGGUCAGUAGGGGGCCCCAUGAAAUGCCCCUGGUACCUUUUUAAUAGGCUUUUUUGAGUGUUGGCAAGGACACAGGGGCCCCAUGAUCCCCUAUUGCCCAGGGGGCCCCAUGAGUCGUCAGUCCGCCUCUGCCCCCAGUCAUUGCUUUUGCAGCUUAAUGAGGAGCAAAUGUUUGAGGGGUAAUAACUGGCCCGGGGUCAGUAGGGGGCCCCAUAAGAUGCCCCUGGUACCUUUUUCAUAGGCUUUUUUUAGUUUUGGCAAGGACACAGGGGCCCCAUGAUCUCCUAUUGCCUGGGGGCCCCAU